AUGGCCCCUUCAUUCGCUAAAAAGAAGUGCGGUGUCCUCGGUGCCACUGGCUCCGUGGGCCAGCGCUUCAUUCUGCUGCUGGCAGACCACCCUUUCCUUGAGCUGCAAGCCGUGGGUGCUUCUUCACGCUCCUCAAACAAGAAGUACAAGGAUGCCGUGAACUGGAAGCAGACUUCCCCCAUGUCCGAGGAGCUCAGCAACCUGGUCCUGCGUGACUGUAAGGCUGAGCUGUUCUCAGACUGCGACCUUGUUUUCUCUGGACUGAACAGCGACGUUGCUGGAGAGACCGAGAUGGCUUUCAUCAAGGCAGAGAUCCCUGUCUUCUCUAACGCCAAGAACUUCCGCAAGGACCCUAUGGUCCCUCUGGUCGUUCCCACUGUCAACCCCCAACAUCUGGACCUGAUCCCUCACCAGCGUGAGAAGUACGGUCUCAAGAAGGGUUUCUUGGUUUGCAACUCUAACUGUGCUGUCAUCGGAAUUGUCAUUCCCUUCGCCGCCCUCCAGGCCAAGUUUGGUCCCGUUGAGGAGGUGGAGGUCUUCACCGAACAGGCCGUCUCCGGCGCCGGUUACCCCGGUGUCCCUACCAUGGAUAUCCUCGACAAUGUGAUCCCCUACAUCAGUGGCGAGGAGGACAAGCUCGAGAACGAGGCCCAGAAGAUCCUCGGUUCAUUGAACGCCAGCGCCACUGGCUUCGAUGAGCAGACUGGUCUUCGCAUCGGUGCCACCUGCACCCGUGUCGGUGUUACCGAUGGCCACAUGGCAUUCGUCUCUCUUCGUUUCAAGAACCGCCAGACGCCCAGCGCUGAGCAAGUCGUUGAGGCCUUGCGGGAAUACCAGUCCGAGGCACAGAAGUUGGGUGCUCCUUCCGCACCUCAGCCUGCCAUCAAGGUCUUCGAUGAGCCUGACCGUCCUCAGCCCCGUCUUGACCGUAACAUCUCUGGUGGUUACACCGUCAGCGUUGGACGUGUUCGUGAGGGUGCCCCCGGUGGUCACUUUGAUAUCCGAUUUGCUGCUCUCUCCCACAACACUGUUAUUGGAGCUGCUGGAUCAUCCAUCCUCAACGCAGAGGUUGCUGUGAUCAAGGGAUACAUUUAA